GUUUGUUAAUCCCAGAUAGGCGUUGUUCCGUUAAUACUGUCAUAGUGUGAUUGCAGGGAUGGCCUGGUUUAGGGUUUACUUGGCUCUCAUUUCAGUUGUGGCACUGCCAUUUACUAUAAAGGCAGAGGCCAUCCCAGGGGAUGCGAAGUCACUUUUGGCUCUCAAACAGAGCCUGUCUGGCUAUUCUCUCGACAACUGGCUAGACGGAGAGCUCUCCAAUUUCUGUAAUUGGACGGGCGUCACCUGUGACCACUCCAACCAGAGCGUAAUCGCUCUCAAUCUCCAAAACAAGGCCAUCUUUGGCUCAUUACCACUUAAAUUCCCCACCUUUACCCACCUCACUACACUCAAUCUUUCCUCCAAUUCUAUAACCGGUCCAAUUCCAUCCUCUGCCUUCGCCUCUUGUUCUGUGCUCGCUUUACUCUCUCUGGACCGAAACAAUUUCACUGGCCCACUUCCCUUAUCUCUCUCCAACUGUACCGAGCUCAAAAUCCUUGACCUCUCUGCUAACGAGCUUACUGGUCCCAUACCUUCCAGCCUUUCAAAGUUAUCCAAGCUAAAUAUGCUUAACCUCCGUGAGAACAACUUCACAGGCCCAGUUCCUGAUUCUCUGUCAAACUGUACCAAUCUGGUAACGCUGGAUUUAUGUUUUAACUAUUUGAUCAACGGAACCAUACCCAAAAGUCUUGGCCUUCUCACCAGACUACAAUUCCUUGGUUUGUACGGUGACCGUCUCAGUGGUCAGAUACCCACAGCCGCCAUCGCCAAUCUGACUCAGCUCCGGUUUUUGGCUAUGGGUGCCAACUUUAUGAGCGGCCCGAUUCCUUCAUGGCUCGGCCAAAUGCCCUUCCUGGAACGGCUAUGGAUGGGAGGGAGUCGAUACGAAGGGACAAUUCCUCCUUCUAUCGGGAACAUAUCAUCUCUCAUCAUUUUAGGCUUGUACUGGAAUUCCCUCACGGGUAAUAUUCCUAAAUCAUUGGGCCAACUUGCCCGACUGAUCCAAUUAAGCAUAUCGGGUAAUUAUCUGACAGGCUCUCUUCCGGUUGAGCUGGGGAAUCUUACAAAUCUACAGCUUGCACGUGUAUAUGGAAAUUCAUUGAGCGGAAGUAUUCCGAUCGAGUUUGGUCGCCUGAAAUCCUUUCAACAAUUUGUGGCGAGGAACAAUAAUUUCAGCGGAAGGAUUCCAGCAGAGUUGUGCAACUGUUCGGCGUUGGGGCUUCUCAGACUGCAGAGCAAUCAGCUAAGCGGGGGCAUACCUCCACAGCUGAGUCGCCUACGCUUCCUAGCGGAACUACAUUUGGAGCAAAAUCAAUUGUCAGGAACGAUUCCGGAAUCCCUUUCAAACUGUACCAAUCUUCAGGAUCUGUCCCUCGGCUACAAUCUCCUAAACGGUAACAUUCCUCCUGCUAUUGCAAGCCUGCGGAAUAUAGUUCGUUCAUUUUCAAUGCCCUAUAAUCUAUUCCAUGGAAUAAUUCCGCCAGAAAUAGGGGGUAUGCAAUUUGUUACUGUGAUGGACCUGGCCGGCAAUCACUUAAGCGGUGAGAUCCCGGUGAGCCUUGGAAGCUGCGUGGAGCUGCUGCAACUGAACCUUUCAAACAAUCAAUUCAGUGGUCAAAUUCCGCAAACAUUGAGCACACUCAUUACUCUUACGAACUUGGAUCUCUCUGUCAACAAUUUAUCUGGUCCCAUACCAGGUUAUCUUGGCGACAUAGAAACCCUUCUCUAUCUGAAUCUCUCUUAUAACCAUCUCUCUGGUCCUGUUCCCACAGAGGGUGUCUUCAGAAAUCGGUCAGCCAUCGCUUUACUUGGGAACUCUGGUCUCUGCAGUUCAGAAUUCCCCAAAUCCUCCAGUGGUCUCUCAAACCCAUCCAAGGUCCUUAUUAUCGUGGGAUCGUCUGCUUUUGGAGCUCUUGUUCUAACAGCCAUGCUGUACUUUUAUGUUCACAGGAGAAAAAAGGGCAAGGAUGAGUACCUAGUACAGAGGGAUUUGUUCCUUGAGCGAGAAAUAGUCAAGUUAAAUCACUGGUAUCUGUUCCAUGCGACUUCAGAGUUUAGUGAUACAAACAUAAUCGGCUCCGGCAGAAUGGCAACAGUAUAUAGCGGGAAGCUAAAUAUAUACGGCAGGGAACAAGCUGUAGCUGUGAAGAGAUUCAAAGAUGAAAUCGCCGUGAGUGAGAGCCUGAUUGCCGAGAUUCGAGCACUGGCCAUGACUAAACACCGUAACUUAGUUCGCUUGUUGGGGUACUGCUGGGCUUCAAAGACCAUGGCUUUGGUUAUGGGGAUGAUGCCGAAUCGAAGCUUGGCGGAGCAUAUUCAAGAAAAGACACUCACCUGGAGCGUAUGCUUGAGAAUCGCACGUGGAGUGGCUGAGGGAUUGAAGUACCUUCAUCAUGAAUGUCCGCAGCCAGUUUUACACUGCGAUUUAAAACCGUCUAACAUCUUGCUGGACAUGGAAUUUGAGCCCGGGAUUGCCGAUUCCGGGAUUUCCAGAAUCCUCGACUACGAUGACAUGAGUCGCGGAUUUAGCACCUCCAAUUUGCAAGGAUCCAUCGGCUACAUACCACCAGAGUAUGCAUGAAGUGGGAGAAUGACAGCGAGAGGAGACGUGUACAGUUAUGGAGUUGUGAUUUUAGAAAUGAUAUCAAGCCAAAAUCCAACGUCGGAGAUGUUUAGGGAAGAAAACACACUUCUAGAGUGGGCACUGAGGACAUCUGUAGAUGCAACGCCAUUUCAAGUAAUUGCUACUCACUUUGAUACGGUUGAAGAGAGUGGGCAACAAAUGAUUAAUAUGGUUCAGUUGGGAUUGGCUUGCACGUCGCCCAGACCUGAAAAUCGACCAACAAUGAAUGAGGUCAUUAAAAUUCUAGACAAAAUCUCCAACGACAGCACAACAUUGAGGCUUCCUUCAAUCAUUGAGCUCAUACAAUCAACUAGCUAGCUUCGUUAUUUUGUUUUCUUAAUCGCAUGUGUGUUUCAAGGUGUGUUGUAAUCACAAUCUCAUAAGGCUAGUAUUGUAAGUAUUAGAGUAGUAUUGGUAUUGUUAGACUAGUAUUCACAAUUACAAAUUUGAUUUUACAAAUAGUAU